AUGGAUUGGCUGAGCCUGGCCACUGCCGCAGCGCUCUGGUAUCGAGUGCGCCCCAUCCCCACCUCCGCUCACGCCUUCCUGUCCACCGCCUGCGCCACGUUCAUGAUCAACAUCGCCUGGCGUGCCACAUACAGAGACUCCUGGCACCGCCACCGCCACCUCUUCUCCGCCUUCCUGCGCCUCGGCGGCUUUGGGUUUGGCGUGGGCUGGCACCUGGUGCGCAACUUUGUAGAGGGCAUCACACCCGCAGCAGGCGACGGCCCGGCUUCCUUGGCGUGGCAAGCGGCGAUCCUGGUACUGGGCAGCGCCGUGCCGAGCCUGCUGAGCCUGUGGGUGGCCCGCCCGCUGCGCAUCAGCCUGGCGGUGCCCAUCCAGCUGGCGGCAGUGCUGGACGGCGUGCGGCACAGCGGCGACACAUGCGGCGCUGGGGGCCUGGCGCUGGCCACGCCUCGGGGGCGGGCCCUCAUUCAGCGCCUGUACCAGAUGCUGGACACGCUGCGGUACCACAGCCGCAUGUUCCAGGCGCACCAGCGCCUGCGGCAGCAGCAGGGCCUGCCCCCAGAGCGCGGCUUACAGGCGCGGCUGUACGCGGCGAUAGCAGAAACGGCAGACUUGUUAGACUGGCCGCUGCUGGUACUGUUUGCCUGGCUCCUGAUGGGCAUCCUCUUCGAUGCCUCGGUGCUGCUCUGUGCGGGGGUGGCACCACACUGCCGCAAAUUUAAAAUUAUGAACCAACCUGUCAUCCUUUAUGCCUUAGAACGGCGCCAAAACGGCGCCAAGAAUGUGUUUCUCACUAAGUCAGAUGUAGAGGGCAUCAUCCGGAUCAAGCAGGGCGACCAGCAGGCGCCCUCAGGCCGGCGGCGGCGGGGUGCGGGAGGGGGGGCGGCAGUGCAGGGCGGCACCAAGAACUACAGCAAGAAGGUGCUGCAGUUCUUCCAGGUGCUGAAGGGCGCUGGCGGUCAGGACAUCCUGUGCCGCUGCGUCAAGCGCAGCGGAGAGUGGCGGUGGUGCCCCGUGGUGCCGCUCGAGGAGCUGCCCCGAGUGAUCAAGGAGCACCACGAGCGGGCGACUGGCUUCAGCGGUGUGGAGAAGCUGUACACACAUAUCAAGCGGCCCUUUGGCGUGACCAUGUACCGGCUGCGGAGCGGAGCUGGAGUGGUGGAGGGUAUGCAUCAGGCCAGCAGGCUAUCUAAGGCGCCACCCAGCCUGGCCAGCGAGCUGACCUUCAGCGGCACGGCGCAGCGAGGAGUGCCUGUGGUGUCUCUCAAUGUGGCGAUGGCGGCGCAGCCCGGCGGCGGCAAGGCAGCCAACAUCCUGGCCGACAAGUAUGCCACGGGCGGCAUGCACAAGUACUGCCCGCCCCAGUUCCUGGCCUGGCCCUACCGCAAGCAGCGCAUCAUACAGGAGCUGCUGGGGCUGCAGCCAGACAUCCUGUGCCUGCAAGAGGCAAGUGUUGUGGAGCGUGGGUGGUUUGAGGAGGAGUUUGAGCCGCUGAUGCGCCAGCACGGCUUCGAGGCGCUCUACUACGCCCGCAAGCGCAGGCCCUUUGACCCGCCCACCAUGCCAGAGGACGGCAUCAGCCUGCUGUACCGCACGGCCCGGCUGCAGCGGCAGGCCAGCAAGGUUGUCAAGCUCGGGGAGUGCGUGGGGGCCAGCCUGCAUGGCAAGUUUCACGACUAUGUGCGGCAGCGCGAGGACGGGGUGGUGCUGGCGCUGCUGCGGGAUGUGCGUACCCAGCGCACGCUGCUGGCGGGCUGCACCCACCUGUUCUGGGACCCCCGCUUCCCGGACGUCAAGGCGGCACAGGCCCAGCUGGUGUGCCGCGCCGCAGGCGCCUUCCUGCAGCAGCAGCGCCUGCUCGGCGACAAGGCCGCCGCCGCUGUACCCGCCAUCCUGUGCGGCGACUUCAACAGCCUGCCCUUCAAGCGCCGCUCCGACCCGUUUGACGCCGUGCCUCCCAGCCAGACCCUGGUCAGCGGCGCCUACACCGUGCUGAGCAGCAAGGCGGGCAUCGACAGCAGCCACCAGGACCACCCGUCCCGCCGCUCGCUGGCCGGCUCGUGCGCCGCUGCGCGCGACCUCGCCCGCGCGCGCCUGUCCAGCGACCCGCUGUCCCUGCGCAGUGCGGCGGUGGCGGCCUGGGGCCGCGAGCCGCCGCUGACCACCAAGACCGACGGCUUUGCGGGGUGCCUGGACUACGUGUGGCUCAGCGAGGGCCACUGGGCCGUGUCUGCAGCGCUGCAGCUGCCCUACCGCUGGGACCCGGCGCCCCCUGGCCAGCCCUCCGCGGUCAACGACCCCGAGGACGUGCCCGACAUGCCGCCCAUACCCGAUGACCGCUUCCCGUCAGACCACCUGGCGCUGGCCUUCAAGCUGCACCUGCUGCCCUGA